AUGGUUGAAAGCACGUCCUUUUAUAUUACUGUUGUGUAUGCUUCCACGUUCUAUAUUAAGAGAAGGGAACUGUGGUGUGAUCUUUCUAGACUUCUUUCUGAAAAUCCUGGGCCCUGGUUAUUUGUUGGAGAUUUUAACUCCAUUCUUGGUGCACAUGAGAAACGUGGUGGGAGAAUUCCUCUUCAGAUUACUUGUUCUGAAUUUUUCAGUUGGACCAAUAAUUUUUCUCUGAUACACUUGGGUACGAAUGGUGCCAAGUUCACCUGGUCAAAUAACAGGGAAGGAGGUACUUUCAUUGCGCAGAGGCUUGACAGAGCUAUAUGCAAUGAUAUUUGGAUUGAACAUUGGAAAAUUUUGAGCUGUAAUACUUUGGUUAGGUGUUUUUCUGAUCACUUUCCUCUUCUUUUAACUAUGCAUCAGACCUCUCCCAUCAACAUCAUACCAAGAUUCAAGUUUUUUAAGUCCUGGCUUCUCAUUGAAAGCUGUGAAGAUAUUGUCUCUGCUCAUUGGGCCAUUCAGGUUCAGGGUACCCCAAUGCAUGUUCUUCAUUACAAAUUAAAAAGCCUGAAGCCUAAAUUGCAAUUCUGGAAUAAGACAGUUGUGGGUGAUUUUCAUCAAAGAGUUAAUUUAGCUCAACAACAACUUAGUGAGGCUCAAUUAGCCAUUGACCAUCUUGGAUUCAGUGUCGAGAGAUCUCAAGUGGAGUUGGAAUGUUUGACAAAUUACACUCAAGCAUUGACUUUGUUGAACAGUUUCUGGCAGAGUAAAAACAAGAAUGCUAGGUUUCUUGAGGGGGAUAGGAACACUGCUUUCUUUCAUAGGUCCACCAAAAUCAGAGAAGCACAAAGUUAUAUUAGCCUUUUGAAAGAUGGGAAUGAGGUUAUUACUAACACUGAAGAUAUAGAAGCGCAUGUUUUAAGCUACUUCACCAACAUUUUUGCUGCUCAUUCUGACUACAUAGAAAACAAUCUCCCAAACAGGUUCAUCCCACAUUUGGUAACUGAUGAGGAUAAUGUGAUGUUAACUACUGUUCCUUCAGCUGAAGAAAUCAAGCAUGCAACUUUUGACCUGAGUGAUGAAGCUGCCCCUGGACCUGAUGGAUACCCUGGGUGCUUUUACCAACAUUUCUGGAAUAUUAUUAGUCAAGAUGUUGUCAUGUCCACACAACACUUCUUCAAACACAAUUACAUAAUGCCUAACUUGAACUCAAAUUUAUUGAUUCUUAUACCUAAAAUUGUUGGUGCUGACAAUUUGGACAAUUUCAGACCUAUAGCUCUAGCAAACUUCCAAUUCAAACUCAUUACCAAAAUUCUGGCUGACAGAAUGGGGAUGAUAGCUUCAAAAAUCAUUUCUAUUCAACAAAAAGGUUUUAUCCCUGGGAGAAAUAUCCAGGAUUGCAUAAUGACUGCUUCUGAAGCAGUUAAUUUGCUGCAUAAGAAAGUUUAUGGUGGGAAUAUAGCUUUGAAAGUUGAUAUUAAGAAAGCGUUUGAUACUAUCAACUGGCAAUUUUUGGUGCAUGUUCUUCACAGAUUUGGCUUUAAUCAACUAUUUUGUGACUGGAUUUUGACUAUACUGCAUUCAGCUAAAAUCUCCAUAAAUAUUAAUGGGAAAGCUGUGGGUUUUUUUACUUGCACUAGAGGGGUGAGGCAGGGAGAUCCCCUCUCCCCUUUACUUUUCUGCAUUGCUGAAGAAGUCAUGAGCAGAGGUCUUGAAGCUCUGGUUUUGGAAGGGAGGUUGACUCAAAUGCAAGCUACUAGGAAUCUCUUUAUUCCUAGCCACUGUCUGUAUGCAGAUGAUAUCUUGAUUUUCUGCAAAGGUACACUUGAUAAUGUAAGACACAUCUUGAAUCUUUUUGAUCUGUAUGGGCAGUACUCUGGUCAAAUGAUUAAUGUUAACAAAAGUAAAUUCUAUAUGGGCAACAUCUCUCUUUCUAGAUCCCAAACCAUAGCCUCCAUAACAGGGUUCAGACACGGGAGUUUACCCUUCACAUAUUUGGGGAUUCCUCUUUUUAAAGGAAAACCAAAGGCUAUACAUUUGAAAUCUGUUGUGGACAGAAUAAAGCAUAAAUUGAGCACAUGGAAAGGGAAGCUUUUAACCAUUAUGGGACGUGUGCAACUUCUAAAUACUGUUAUAAACAACAUGCUCACAUAUUCUUUUCAUGUGUAUAAAUGGCCUUCCAGUUUACUUAUAGAAGUUGCCAAAAUCAUGAGAAACUUCCUUUGGAGUGGGAAUAUUGAGCAUAGGAAAAUUUGUAUUGUUGCUUGGUCCAUCAUUAGCAAACCUAGAGAUGAAGGGGGUUUAUCUGUUAGAGAUCCCACUACAGCCAAUCAAGCCUCUUUGUUGCUUCUAGCUUGGAAAAUGUUAAACUCCAAUGAGCAAUGGGCUAUCAUUUGUAGAGAUAGAUUUCUAAAAAAUGGACAACCUAAGACUCACUAUGUGGUUUCCUCUGUUUGGCCUGGCAUGAAGCAGCACAUUCAAUUGGUGCUUGAUCAUUCCACUUGGUCUAUAGGAAAUGGCAGAAGAGUUCACUUUUGGACUGAUAAGUGGAUUGAUAGGUCCAUUGCUUCACAUUGGCAGAUGCCUCCUCAACUCUCUUCCUCUCUUCAUAUGAUGGUUUCUGAUUGUAUUGUCAAUAACAGAUGGUGUCUCCCUGAUUUCCUCAUUCAUAGAGAUGCUGCUCUAACUGCUCAAAUCCACAAUAUCACCCUGCCUUCUUCUGAUAUGCAGGACAAGUUAUGCUGGAAUACUGCAGCUGAUGGGGAUCUCACUAAUCAAUUGGCAUAUAAAUUUAUCAAUGAAACUGGUAAUCAUGUCCUUUGGGACAAAUUUCUAUGGAACUCUUAUAUUCCCCCAUCUAGAUCCUUUAUCACAUGGAGGCUGCUUCACAACAAGCUCCCCACAGAUGAAAAUUUAAGAAAGAGGGGCUGCUUGAUUGUCUCUAUUUGCUGUUUUUGUAUGAAAUCUGCAGAAUCUUCCCAACACAUUUUCUUUGAAUGCCAUGUCACAUCUAGGCUUUGGGAUUGGUUGGGAAAGGGGACUGACAAAUUAUUGGAUUGUAGCAGUUGUCUUCAGUUGCUUAUUAGGAAUUGGGGAAGUGGUAGUAAGUUGGUCAACAACAUUUUGAAUUCAGCUAUUAUUCAUACUAUCUGGUCCAUUUGGAUAGAGAGAAAUCAAAGAUGUUUUCAUAACAAGCAUCAGGCCAUGACCACUCUUUUCAAUAUCAUUCUUGCUGAGGUCAAAAUGAGCUUCAGUUUGUGUAUGAUUAAAGGUAACUCAGCAAUGCAAGAUUAUAAAGUGGCCAAGCUCUUUAACAUCCCGUUCAAAGUUAAAAGAGUCACUCCUCAUUUGGAUAUUAUUUGGAAACCUCCUAUUGGUGAUAUAGUAAAAAUUAACUGUGAUGGAUCCUCCGUGGGCAGACAUCCUUGUGGCUCCAUUGGCAUUGUGAUUAGAGAUUCUAAUCACCACUUUCUAGGGGCUAUAUCUAGCAACAUUGGAAAUGCAACUCCGUUAGAGGCUGAAUUUUGUGCAGGAAUGAUGGCUAUGGAAAAAGCUCAGGAAAUGCAGUUGAUGCAUGUGUGUUUGGAGACUGAUUCCCUCAAAGUUGUCAAUGCUUUCAACAAAGGUUUAGGAGUCCCUUGGCAGAUGCGAGCUAGGUGGCAAAAUUGCUGGGAUUUUUGUGACAGUAUUUCUUGUUCUUGUGUUCAUAUCCUUAGGGAGGGAAACAUGGUAGCUGAUGCACUUGCUAAGCAUGGACAAGGACUUUCUCUAUACUACACACAGUUGUGGACUUCUCCACCUCCUUUCAUAUAUCACCUUCUCCUAAGAGAUAGGCUUGGAUUACCUUACACUAGAAUAGAUGUGACCUGA